AUGUCGACUGUCGUUGCAAAGCCGUCGCCCCUGACGACCAACCCGCUGCUCGUCGGCUACCUCUCGGCGCUCGCCGCCAACCCGCUCCGCACCAAGAUGAUCACCUCGGGUGUGCUCUCUGCCUUGGCCGAGGUGCUUGCGGGUCACUUUGCCGGUGUCGCGCCCACCGCCACCAAGACUCCCUCGUCGCUGGAUGAGAAGAAGCGUCAGGCGCAGCAGAACCCCGUCGGUCUGCUUCAGGCGUAUGCCGCCAAGCUCGGCAUCAACGAGCGCGCGCUCAAGAUGUUUGUCUACGGCUUCUUCGUCUCGGCACCCAUGGGCCACGUGCUCACCGGUCUGCUGCAGAAGGCCUUUGUCGGCCGUACCACCACGCGCGACAAGAUCCUCCAGAUCAUCACCUCCAACCUCACCGUGUCGGUGUUUGCCAACACCGUCUACCUCUCGUGCAUGGCCUAUAUCAACGGCGCACGCGGCGUCGACAACAUCAAGAGGGCCGUCAAGGCCGCCUUCUGGCCCGUCAUGCGCGUCACCUGGACCACCUCGCCCAUCACCAUCGCUGUCGCCCAGAACUACCUCCCCGCCGUGGUGUGGGAGCCCUUCUUCACCUUCAUCCGCUUCAUCCUCGCCACCUACUUCAACACCGUCGCAAAGAAGAAGCAGAUGAAGCUCGCACGUCAGGCAAAACAGUCCGAGCUCGACAAGGACCUCGCCAAGGGCGCUGCCAAGGGCAAGUAA